AUGGGGAAGGAAGACGUGGUCAGGGAGGAGCUGGGCAGCCUCCAUGGCAUCCCCCUCUACAAGUGCUUCGUUGAAGGCUGGCCACAGGUGGAGGCUUUCCAAGCCCGGGCAGAUGACCUGCUCAUCGCCACCUACCCCAAAUCAGGCACAACGUGGCUGAGCGAGAUCCUGGACAUGAUCUACCAUGAUGGUGAUGUGGAGAAAUGCGACGGCAUGGCCAUCUUCAACCGGGUGCCCUUCCUGGAAAUGAAGGUCCCUGAGAUGCUGAGCGGCAUCGAGCUGCUGGAGAAAACCCCGUCCCCGCGGCUGGUGAAGACCCAUCUCCCAGUCUGGCUCCUCCCGACCUCCUUCCAGGACCAGGACUCUGCCCUGCAGAACCCUCAGCAGGAGGUGCAGAAGAUCCUGCAGUUCUUGGGCAAGGAGGUGGCAGAGGGGACGGUGGCGAGGAUCCUCCACCACACCUCCUUCCAGGAGAUGAGGAAGAACCCUGCCGCCAACUACGAGACCAUGCCCACCACCCUGAUGGACCACAGCCUCUCCCCCUUCCUCCGGAAAGGGAUAUCCGGGGAUUGGAAGAACCACUUCACCGUGGCCCAGAAUGAGUGCUUCGACCAGCACUACCAGGAGCACAUGGCAGGCUCUGACCUCCAUUUCCAGAUGGAGGCAUGA